AAGUGCCCCUACAUCUGUGGGUUCUCAAGGGCGAGAUGUAUAUAAGCGGGCGGGCGGCAGCAUGUGUCUAAGGGCGCGUCUCCUACCACAGACAUGAAAUUUGCUGUGACUCUUCUCUCCUUCCUGGGUGUGUUUGCGCUUUCAAGCGCACAGACGGAAAGUGGAUGGUGCAGGUGCGCGGCCUUCGUAUCCUCUAGGCACAUGGAAAUCAUGGUUCUGGAGCUGCCUGAGAUCACCAUCGCCGACUGUGACAGCCACAACCAGUGCAAGAAUGCCUGCUCUAAGGAGAUCAAUUCCAUGACUAAUGAAAUGGACUUGUGGUCGACGGUCAAUGGAGAUACAGUUGGCCAAUACUUCUGCAAUGAGCUUUUCGAACAUGGUUUCUUCUGGAUCCAUAAUUCUUACAUCCAUGGAUACUAUGAGGUGUGUGGCGGCCCAUGGGAAUACGCUGGAAUUGACUCUCAACAGACAUUGUGCUGCAGCAACCAUGAGCACAUCCACUGCGUCUCCAAGGUCUAGAAACAAGAACUCCGAACACGGCGACCCUGCAACCAAAUUUUCCUUGUGUAACAUAUAAAUGCUUGAAACCAAACACAGAAUCCCAACUCAGUGCAUGUGCUGAGCAUGUAUUAAAGGAGUCAGCGGAAACACAGACAAGGGCAGUGUGUCUGAAAUAUUCUAUCUUACUGCUUUGAA